AUGGCUAACGAAAAGACGAUCCCGAAACAAGUUUCGUUGCAGACAGAUGACGAUGAUGAUGGCGACGAUGACAAACAAAGCUCGAAUACAUUGGCAAGUAGUUCGAGAUUCGCGGUUGAACCAGGUGAAACACGUUAUAUAACCAUUCCCGAAGCGAUUGGUUUGGAUUUCAAUUCAUUUAUUCCUCAAGCUGAUAUAACAUCUCAAGUACACUUCUUUAGUAAUAUUCAACCAGAUUCAACAGCAAGUCAAGCUGGUCUGAAAGACGGAGAUCGAAUUCUACAAAUCAAUGGUAUCAAUGUGACCAGUCUUGAACAUGAGGAUGUACGAAAACUAAUGCAAUUAAUGACACCGAUCGUGUUCACUGUUGCUAAUGAUCCAAAAUAUUUACUGCUACUCCAAGAGCCAGUGAAUGACAUAGAAGAAAAACAACCAGAACUUCCUAUAACAUCCCAUGAAGAUGCAGAUGUAGAUCCUAGUCAGCGUCGUCCUAGUCGUUUUGAAUUACGAAAACAAUCGUCCGUUGGCUCAAUAGCAACGUCAACUUCAUCAAAAUCAAGCCGUUGUGAAGUCUACACCAUAACACCGGUCGAUGAAACGAGUAAAGAAGAGCCGUUGAAAGCGAAAUUAUGUCGUUUACGUAAGAGUAAAAGGUAUGAUGGUUAUGGAUUAGUACUACAAUACCAACAUCUUCAUGUGAUUGGUGAAGUAGAAGAAGCGUCACCUGCGUAUCGAGCGGGUCUUCGUAAGAAUGAUGUGCUUAUAUUUGUUGGAAAAACAAAUGUUGAAAAACUAUCACAUGAAGAAGUCAAAAUCAUGAUACGAGCUGCAGCCUUAGCAUCGAAUCAAGUCGAAUUGAUCGUCAUCGCCAAAACUGAUAUUCCAAAAUAUAAAACAAUGAAAGAAAAGAGUUUAAUCGACUGGUCAGUUAUGGGAUUGGAUGUAUAA